AUGUUACAACAACGACAAAUUUCUAAACUCCUACGCAAAACCCUCGAUCCAAUUCCACAUCAGUCCAAUUCAUUAUCACCCAUCUCCAUUUCACUAUUAUCAACAAGGGGUAACCCGUUGAUUACAAUCACCAACACUGAUGUAAACAAGUCAUCUGAUGGACUUGCGAGCUCGUCCAACAAUACUGCCGAUCAAUUAAGAAUUUUUUCACUUGCAGCAUACAACUCGUUGAGCGAAGAAGAGGAAUGGAAUAUCAUUGAUUUCCAUUUUGUCAAGUGUAUCAUAGCAAAAAUAGUCACCAGCAACAAAGCAGCAGGACGUAUCGAGUUCAAAAGUAAAGAUUAUGAAAAUACAAACGAGAGUGGCGGUGAUGAAAAAAAUGGGUCUGAGCAGGAAGAUACGCGGACCAAGAGACAACGUGGAAUUAGUAUCUCUAGCCAGCUGCAACUGCAACUGCAGCAACAGCAACAGCAACAGGCGGCACAAGAAGCACAAUUGAUUCAGGGCGAUCCAAACACGCAACCAAAGUGUGCAGUAUUCUACGUUGUAUUGUUCUACGCAAAUCGUCAGAGCAAAACAUCUGGAUCUACGCCUCCAGUUUCGAAUAGUAUUUCUGGCAACGGUAGUAAAGCAGAUGAUGAUAAUAAUAGAGAUACUUCUGAUGACUUUGAUGAUGCUGACGGUAAUUACGACGAUGAUGCAUUGGCAAAGUUGAAAGUGGAUGCAUUAGUUGAUGCAUUCCGAGUCGGACUAGCUGGUUACUCAGAUGAUUAUUCCUAA